AGACAUUUUAUUCAGUGUUUAGAUUUUGGUUUUUAUCAAACACGACAAACUUAAUCAAUUCAGUACUUUUGAUUCAGUCUUCAGAUUUCAGACUUCAGACCCAAAUUAAGUUUUAUCAAACGGGCCCUUACUUCCAGUUUUUAAGAAAAUUGAAGAAAAGGACAAAAAGGCAAAUCUUUUUUAGACUAGUCAGUGAAGGCAAAAACCACUACCGACCAAAAGAAACAGGGUGGACUGCAAAGUCGACGAUGGAGGCAAAAGUAUAAUAAUAUAAAGUCUUUUCUUCACAGGAACUGAGACCAAUAAUUCUGAAAAUAAGGUCAAAACCUCCAUUUCCAAGCAAUUUCCGCCCUUGCGGAUUACGGAAUGAUGCUUUAUAGUAAGGAGAAGGAACCCAACUUCCUCCGUAUGCCGUAUUCCCUCUUUCUGUGUUCAUCUUUUUUUCCAGUACUAAUGAUCAGUUGCAGACGAAAAAUCCCUGAAUUUUUUUAACAAUCCCGAAGCUUCCCAUUGAUUGUUUUUCUAAAACCCAUUUCCUCAAAUACCCCAAUUUUGAUCCUCCAGAUAUGAUUCAAAACAUCCAAAUGCCGUCCGCCAAAGCAGUUGUUUCCACGGCGGCUUCCGUCGCUGCCACGGCCAUGCUCGUCAGGUCAUUUGCCAGAGAAUUCAUUCCUCACGAGCUAACAAACUAUUUCUUUAUCAAGCUCCGCCGCUUUUUCACCACUUUCACCAGUGAAAUGGUCGUUGUCAUUGAUGAAUUCGAUGGGCUCAGCAAGAACCAGCUGUACAAGGCUGCUGAAAUCUAUUUGGGUAGCAUUAUUAGUCCUUCCACCAAAAGAUUUAGGGCCACUCUGCCUGACAAAGAGAAGAAAAUCAGUGUUUCAAUGGAAAGAAAUGAAGAAAUCGUUGAUGAAUUUUGUGGGGUACAAGUGAAAUGGAGGAUGGUUUGUCAACAAAUUCAGCCCAGGUACGUUCCUAACCCCAAUGAUCCCUACAAUAACUUCAGGUCCGAACUGCAAUAUUAUGAAUUGAGCUUCCAUAAGAGUCACAGAGACAGAGUGGUUAAUGAGUAUAUACCUUAUGUUUUGGAAAAAUCAAAGACUGCUGCCUUAGAGAAGAAGACGUUGAAGUUGUUCACUUAUGAUCGGCAUAAUAGGGUAAUAAUAUCUGGACAUGGGUUUACAAAUCCAUGGAAAUCAGUAAAUCUUGAUCAUCCAGCCACUUUUGACACAUUGGCUAUGGAUAUGGAGAUCAAGAACAUGGUCCUCAGUGAUCUUGACCAGUUUGUGAUGCGGAAGGAACUGUAUAGGAAAGUUGGAAAGGCAUGGAAAAGAGGGUAUUUGUUGUUCGGGCCUCCAGGGACAGGGAAAUCGAGUCUAAUCGCUGCCAUGGCAAAUUACUUAAACUUUGAUAUCUAUGACCUGGAGCUUACUGAUAUUAGGAGUAACUCUGAAUUAAGAAGACUCCUGGUUACUACGGCUAAUCAUUCAAUACUUGUUGUCGAAGAUAUCGAUUGCUCUAUCGAACUCACUGAGAAUCGAGGCGCCUCUUCAAAAGCACAAGUACCUUGUCCGCGUCAACCUAGUAGGGGAGACCGCGUUACUUUGUCGGGAUUGCUGAACUUCAUUGAUGGAUUGUGGUCAAGCUGUGGUGAUGAGCGCAUCAUUGUGUUUACAACCAAUCAUAAAGAUAAGCUGGAUCCUGCUUUGUUGCGACCAGGUCGAAUGGAUGUACACAUUCACAUGUCCUAUUGCACACCUUGCGGCUUCAAAUUGCUCGCCUCCAACUACCUUGGAAUUGCAGAACACCCCUUAUUCCUGGAUGUUGAGAAGCUGUUGAAAAUCACGAAUGUGACUCCCGCAGAAGUAGGAGAGCAGAUGCUGAAACACGGUGAACCCGAAACGGCACUCAAAGGCCUGAUUGAGUUUCUUGAAGAAAAGAAGAAAACAGCUGAACUCGACGCACAUAAAAAGAAUCAAGAAGUGGCCAAAGCUGAAGAAGUCAAAACCGAAGAAGUUGUUCCCGUAUCAUCAGAAGAAAAGGGUGGAAGGAAAGAGGAGAAUGGUGUCAUCAGCAUCGAAGCUAUUAAGCAAAUGUUGAAGAAAGGGCCCAACACUGAAGUUCAAGGCGAAAACAAGCAGGGCGACAUUUACCAUAUGUUUAAAGCUAUGGUUCAAAUGAUGCAGGACACCAAGGAAUCUGAAGAUUUGGAAGGCAGCAAGACAGAAUCUCCGGCUGUUGGGAAAAUUUUGCCCAAUUCUGCUUGAACAGUAAACCUGGCAAUCACCAGUUCAUGAAUGAAGCUGUCGUUCAUUUUGUAUUUUCCAGAUAAUCUCACAAGUUUUGUCAGCUCAAUUUAAUAGUACAGAAUAAAAUCCAGACCGUGAUUCAUCGUCCAUGCUUAACAUGUUAGAGAUUGUGUACCCAUUUAUCCAAUUUAAUGUAAGGUAUAAUUCAGCGUCCUCCUUUUGAUAUACAAAGUAUUUAUAUAUCCAAUGCUAUCCUUGAGCUCUACCAGCUAUGGCUGCAUCAGAUACCAUAGCCAGAAUCAGCAUAUGCUAAGAACUUCAAGUUAUUUCGAAGUGGAAUAAACAUCAUUCUGCAGUAAGCAUAAAAUAUUCAACUGGCUCUUUAAUAGUUUUGAUAGUACAUGGGUACAGAUAAUUACACAGAUUGAGUGGUACUUGACAGAUGACAACAUGAAUGAACACAUGAACGUAUAAACUACAAAAACAAAUCGAUCCAAACGACAGAAACGUUAUGUUUUACAUGUUUUCAAACGAAUCAAAUUACCAGAAAAAAACUGCUGAAGCAUAAUCUCUUUCAAUUUGAGAUCAGAACUAAGCCUUCCCUUCAAUCCUGGCAUGAGUUAGGCCGACACAAGCAUCAACAAAGUCUUCAUCAAUAAAAUCCGAUGAAUAAAUCUGCAAACGAUCAGCACAACCCUUUGCAAAGCACUGAUUUAUGAACAGUCUGGAAAAACCACGAAUUCUGUCUGUAACAGGUUUGACCCACAAAACUGGAUUAUCAGCCUGAGGAGUUAAAGUAUUCUCAACCCUGUAAAAGAAUUUCCGGGAUGUAACCGGCGGCUGCUCGCUCAAAUGCUUCAGGUUGCUCUCGAACUUUGUGUUUGGCAAAUCAGUGUCAAUCCAGUUAUCUUUCAAAUAUCCAGCGCUCCAUAACGGAGAUCCCGGUUUUGGCUGCGGCGAUUCCCUUGGCUUCCACACACAAAUCACUCUCUGAUUAGGCAACAAUUCGGAAAUCGUCUUGCCAAAAACAGAGUCAUCCUGAUGAAUCAGGUACUCCCCGAGGUGUUCCUCCAAGAACUUGUCGAAUUCAGGCGGAUCCUUGUGCCCGAAUUCUGUACGGAUUUCAAGGAUGAUCACCUCGGAUUGGGUUUCGGACAGGAACUUCUUGACAUCGUUGAUCACAACAUCAACACUGUAGGACAACAGUAUCCCGUGGCAGACUUUUCGAUCCUCCUGAACCCGGAUAUCCAAAACCCGAGUACCUAAAACCAGCUGAUCGUAAAUCGACCGGCUUUGGCACUCUGCAAAGGGGCGGGUGAUGGCCGGAACGCCAAUCUCGUUGGUCGCAGAAUCGUGGGUUCCGGGCCAAACGAUCUGGUUGAUGUGAAGUUUUGCCGGGUCGAGGUUUGACAUCCAGUUUUUCCUGUCGGAAGGGUGGUAAUCAGAGCCAGGGAAGUCAGUUCCAGUGCUCUGUUUCAGAUCUUCCAAGGUCUUUUCUUGGGAUGAAAUUGAUUCCCUUCGUUCCACUUGUUUAGAUACUUCAGCUUCCACCGCCGAGGCCGCCGCCGAGAGAUUCUUACCAAUUGCAGCAAACAUUGUUGUGCUUCCGCUCCUUCUUCUUCUUCCUUCUCAGAUGGUAGUUUCUUUUUUCCGGUUUGGAUUGCCUUGUUCCUCUCCUGUUUCCGUGUUGAGGUAGUUGAUGACUAGAAAAAUGACUGGACAGCUUGUCAAUUUAAUAAUUCACAUGGACUAAUUGCCCAUUUCUGUUACUUGAUCCAUAAUAAUUACGGUUUUUUUUUUCUUUUUGGCCAUAAUAAUUACGAUUUGAAAUAAAUUUCAGUCGCUUUCGUUUAAUGGUUAUUAAAAGUUUUUACAUAAAUAAAUACAAUUAGAUUUAGACAUUUUUUUUGGGCUAUUAUGAUUAAGAAAAUGGAGGAACGUGCAUUAUAAUUGUGUGUGGGGGGGCCGGUUUGAUUGAAUUGAAGCGGGAGAGUCACUAUCUACCUGUCCCUUUUGCACAGAGUUGUGUGGUUGGUUGGUUUCGACGAAUUGGGUCACUUUAACACUGAAAAAAAUCCUCCGUCCGUCGGUGUGGGAAUGCACUUCUACUAAUAAUAAUAAUAAUAAUAUAGCCUACAUGUAAACAAAUACAACAACAUUUUCUCUAUCCUAUAUACAAAUAAUAAUAAUUCACAUUAUAAUUUCGAUUAUUUUAUUGGUACGGAGAGAAAGAAAAAUCAUUGUAAUUUUGAACCACUCCACCCAACAAAACUCUUCUGAUAAUAAACUCAAUGUAAUUCCGCUCAUCUUGAUCCAUAAACCAAGAUUUGCAAAUUGAUGCUGGAGGUGAACGAGAACAACCUCUAAACGGAUUGUAUCCAUAUUCCUUCUAUCUUAAAAUACGAGUUUCAUCUCUCACCCCAUUUGGUCUAGUAAAAAUUAUUACCUCCGUCCCAUAAUUAUGGUCCAGUUUAGAUUUUUAUUUUUAGUUUUAAAUUGUACUAAAAGUGAAAUUUUAAACUGGACAAUAAUUUUGGGAUAGAGGGAGUAUAUUGCAACCGUAUACUACAUUUAACCACACAUCAACA